AUGCAAAGUGUUCUCUUUUGUGUUUGGGAUGUGAACAGCAGCUUGGAGUCACCGCUGAUGUGUGAAGUUUUGGACGCGCAGCGGAGCAGUGGCAGCGGCGGCACAGGGAGCAGCCUGGGGGGCUCCAUCACCGCCUGUAAGAAGGUUCUCCGCAGCAAGAGCUUGCUGGAGUCCACAGACUACUGGUUACAGAACCAGAGAACGCCCUGCCAGAUUGGCUUUGUAGAGGACAAGUCGGAAAACUGUGCUUCCGUCUGCUUUGUGAACCUGGAUGUGAAUAAGGAUGCGUGUAGCACAGAGCACCUGCAGCAGAAACUGGUCAAUGUCUCACCAGAUCUGCCAAAACUCAUCAGCUCCAUGAAUGUCCAACAGCCAAAGGAAAAUGAAAUUGUCCUCCUAAGUGGCUUAGCGUCUGGAAAUCUCCAGGCAGAUUUUCAGGUUUCACAGUGCCCGUGGCUGCCAGAUAUCUGCUUGGUCCAAUGUGCAAGAGGGAACAGACCAAACAGUACCAACUGCAUCAUCUUUGAAAUCAAUAAAUUCCUGAUUGGCCUGGAAUUGGUACAAGAGCGGCAGCUCCACCAGGAAACCAACAUCUUGAAACUGGAGGAUGACACAAACUGUUCUUGGUCCUCCAUCGAGGAAGACUUCCUCACUGCCUCUGAGCACUUGGAGGAGGAGAGCGAGGUGGAAGAAUGUAGGAACGGUUAUGAAAAUAUAAAUGUAUCAGCCAAUGUGUUUGAAAGUAAGAAGCCACGAGAGGCCACUCUGGAGGAAUGGGACAACAAGAAGCAAAAGUUCCUUUGUGUUUUGGACAACAAAUAUGUUAGCAAAUAUCAUACCACAUUGAUUAAAACAGAAGACUCUCUGGAAAACACAGCCUUCCAAAGGUCGGAUUCAUCACCCAAGCCCUUACAGGGAAGCAGUGAAGCUGUGGAAAAUGAGCGACCAGCCACAAAUUAUUAUAAAGAAAAUUUUGGAGAUCAAAUAGAAAAGUCUCAAGCACCGGAUGCUCCAUCUGAUGUCCUUUGCUGCAAGAUGGUUGAGGAAGAUGUACCUGUUGCAGGUGGUAUCAUUGAGCAGGGGAGUAACCUAGAGCCAGGAAACCAUGAAGACCCAAGAAAUUUUCUUCCUCCUGUCCAAGAAGGAGAAGCUACCACUGGAGAGUAUGCUACCAAUUUAGCAGAAUCUGUGCUGCAAGAUGCUUUCAUCAGAUUAUCUCAGGCUCAACCUACACUGCCCCUGGAGCCUGCUGUCAGUGCCCCCGUAGGAAGUGGCUUUCCCAGUGGUUGUUCCACAAAGGACACAGUGGCCGCCAGGUCGUGGAAUGAGCUCCCCAAAAUCGUCAUUGUGCAAAGCCCAGAUGGCAGUGAUGCUACCCCUGACCCUGAUGUCUCCUCCUGGCCUGACACCAGUGUUUCUGUUGAUGCCUCAAGUGUUCUCUCUGGAGAGAACCCCAGCAGACACCCUCAGAGUGCUCUAGAAGUAGCGUUAGCUUGUGCAGCCACUGUGAUUGGAACGAUUUCCAGUCCACAGGCCACAGAAAGACUCACAAUGGAGCAGGAACCCUCAGUGUCAAGCUGUACCCAAGAAGGCAGUGGAGAACUACAAAGUCAGGCAUCUCUCGGAGUCAAGGAACCUUCCAUCAGUGACUACUCCUUUCCAUCUGCUUUGUGUGGGAUGACACAGGUGGCAAGUGCUGUCGCUGUCUGUGGCCUGGGUGAAAGAGAAGAGAUGCCAUGCCCUGUGGCCCCGAGUGACCUCUUGCCUGAGGCCCAGACAUCUGAAGCCACCUCUCCACUUUGUAGUUCAGAGACAGAGAAGAGCACAGAGCUGGAAAAGGAAGCCAUUGCAGAGGCUUUGCUCACAGAGGCAGCUCUGGUAUUAACCGGGCCUGGAUCCCAUAGCAGCAUCGGAGAGCUCAUGGAUUCUGUGAACAGGAGAAUCAUAGAAACUGCUUCAAAGCCUCAGACCUUGUGCUCAGAAAAUAUCCUCAGGAAUGACCUGGCACAGACCCUGUCCAAUGUAAUCCUGAAGCAUUCUAUUGAUGAAGUUCACCAGAAAAAUAAAAACACCCACCCCGACAGUGGCAGACCUGCAUUAGACUCCCUACAAACCCUAAUGGAAAGCACCAAUCAACUGCUCCACAAUGUAAUAUGCUUCACAUUCAAGAAGAUGAACCAUAUUGUGAGGCUCGGUGAAUGUCCCACUGGCCUCUCAAAGGAGACCAUCAGAUGGCUGGAGACAGAACCCCUGGGCUGCCAGCCAUUUGAUCAGACUGUGAGUCAAGCAGAGGCAAAAGCUCCGGAGUACCCCAGUGACUAUUGGCCUAGCAGUCCGCACAGCACUGCUCUUGCCAUUGAUGAUCUGAUGGAUGACUUGCAUCCAAAGCAAGAGAAGAGUGGAGUGAGGCCAGGCCUGCUCCAGAAUCCCAUGCUACCAUCCGAACUGUCAGGUGGUCACCGAGUGCUGGGUUCUUCUACCACUAAAACGUCCCCCAAGGAAAUGCACCUAAAAGGAAUGGUAGGAGAAGAUACGAAGACCCCUCAGCAGAUGCCCAGGCACAAAAAGCAUGAGCGUAGAGCCUCGAUGGGAGCAGAAAGGGCACCAGCAGUGGGCAAAAGCAGAAGCAACUGUCAGGGAGGUGAGGAUAGAGCUGAUCCCGACACCCAGGAGAAGGACAGCUGUGCUGCAUCUCAGAGCAACAGCAUGCAAAGUAACCCGCCCUUGCUAGCAGACGAUCUGGUGCCUCCUGCUCAACCCUUGCCAGGAGCAAAAGACACAGACCUCUACUGCAUUGCAGACUUUGCAGAAGAAUUAGCAGAGACAGUCGUCUCCAUGGCAACCGAAAUUGCAGCUAUCUGCCUUGACAACUCCAACGGAAAACAACCCUGGUUUUGUGCAUGGAAAAGAGGGAAUGAGUUUCUGGUGGCACCAAACGUAUCCUGCCAAUCUCUGAAGAGAAAGAAGGAAAGCCAGAGCGGCGGUGGUGCCGUGAGGAAGCACAAGCCGCCGAGGCUCAGUGAGAUCAAGAGGAAAACUGAUGAGCACCCUGAACUGAAGGAGAAGCUCAUGAACAGGGUGGUAGACGAAUCCGUGAACCUUGACGAUGUCCCAGAUUCUGUCAGCGUUUUUGCAAAUGAAGUGGCAGCCAAGAUCAUGACCCUCACGGAGUUCUCCAUGGUGGACGGCGUGUGGCAGGCCCAGGGCUAUUCCAGAAAUCGCUUACUGAGUGGAGACAGGUGGAACCGGCUGAAGGCGUCCAGCUGCGAAAGCAUCCCGGAGGAGGACUCCGAGGCCAGGGCCUACGUGAACAGCCUGGGCUUGAUAAGCACCUUAAGCCAGCCGGUCAGCAGAGCCAGCUCGGUCUCCAAACAGUCCAGCUGUGAGAGCAUCACCGACGAGUUCUCCCGGUUCAUGGUGAACCAGAUGGAAAGUGAAGGCAGAGGGUUUGAGCUCCUGCUGGAUUACUACGCUGGCAAGAAUGCCAGCAGCAUUCUGAACUCCGCCAUGCUGCAGGCCUGCCGGAAAAGCGACCACCUCAGUGUGAAGCCAAGCUGCCCCUCCAAGCAGUCCAGCACUGAGAGCAUAACGGAGGAGUUCUACAGGUACAUGCUGAGGGACAUUGAAAGAGAAAGCAAAGACGGUGCCGGCUCCCGACGAAGCAGCCAGGAGUGGAGCGCUGGUUUACUGUCCCCUUCGCUACGGUCCCCACUGUGUUACAGGCAGUCGUCCAUGCCGGAUACCAGGUCCCCGUGCACCAGGUUAACAGUGAAUGCACCGGUCAAAGCCAACUCCUUAGAUGGCUUUGCCCAAAACUGCCCGCAAGAGUUCCUAAGUGUGCAGACAGUCAGUAGCGCAUCCUCUUCUGGUCUCUGCAAGUCUGACUCCUGCUUGUAUCGGAGAGGCGGGACCGACCAGAUCACAAACAUGUUGAUUCAUGAAACGUGGGCAAACUCCAUCGAGGCCCUCAUGCGAAAGAACAAAAUUAUCGGGAAUGACCUGGAGACAGCUGAUGCCGGUCCUGCUGCGGGCGGCUCUUGCUUACAAAGGGAAAAGUGUGCAAACAGCUUAGCUGCAGGCAGAAAGUCCCGGGGGCCAACUCUGCUUGCUCAGGAAUCUGCUGAUUUCCCAAGGAAGGACCCAGUUACUGAAAGCAAACACUCGCCAGCCUCCUCCCCAAGUGGAUCUGCUCCUCCUACAGACAGAGACACUUUAGAUUCUAGAAACGAAACCUCCUCGUGCAGUGAAGCUGGUCCUUUAAGCCACACCGGGUGGGCCCUUUGCCCCAGGGGAGUGCCUUUGAUUCAGAUAGAAACAGAGCAGAGAGAAGAGUGUGCCCGAGAACCCAAGCCUUUCCUUUCCCAAAGCAGCUCCUUACCAGAAGCAGAUCAUUCGAAUGAGGAAAAGGUCGCAGAGGUGGCCCCAGGUGAAGACACAGCCACAAGUGUCUGCCAGAACCACAGCGACAGUCUUGAUGCCAGAGAUGCAGCAGAAGCCGAAGUCACAACAGAAGCCUUUCCCAGCCCUCCCAGCAGCAGAGAGGAGAGUACAGGCAGCUGGUCCCAGCUAGCCAAUGAAGAGGACAACCCAGAUGACACGAGUAGCUUCCUACAGCUCAGCGAACGAUCCAUGAGCAAUGGCAACAGUAGUGCCACUAGCAGUCUUGGCAUUAUGGACCUGGACACUUAUCAGGAAAGCAUACCACCUUCUCCCAUGAUUAAUGAAUUAGUAGAAGAAAAGGAGAUUCUUAAAGGACAGUCACAAAUCAUCAAGGAACAAGCCUCUGGACUGACAGGGACAGUAGCCAGCCACCAGAGGAACCUGCUGGUGAUCAACUUCGACCUGGAGCCAGAGUGCCCCGAUGCUGAGCUUCGAGCCACUCUGCAGUGGAUAGCUGCUUCUGAGCUCGGAAUUCCCACCAUCUACUUUAAAAAAUCUCAAGAAAACAGAAUUGAAAAGUUUCUAGAUGUCGUGCGACUGGUCCACCGGAAGUCCUGGAAGGUGGGGGAUAUCUUUCAUGCAGUUGUGCAGUACUGCAAAAUGCAUGAGGAGCAGAAGGAGGGGGUUCCAAGUCUCUUUGACUGGCUCCUGGAACUGGGAUAAGGCAGUUUUGCCCAGGGGAGCCUUUCUUUCCUUCAUCCCAGUUUAGAUAACAGUGGUUUGCACAAUGCUCUGAACUUUAUCAAUUCAUCACAUCAUAGUAGCAGAACUAUUAAGAACUCUACUGCUCAAGGCCAGUGAAUGUGGAAUAACUGAUGGAAACCAAAAUAUAGGCCUGUAUAAAUCAAAACAACACAUUCAAAAGAUUGUGAAGUGGAAAGGAGUACAAAAGAGACACUUCAGGGAGGGCCCAAAUUAAAAAGCUUACCGUUAGUCCCAUGGUCCAAGAAAGAUGGGCUCAUGUAUGUUUAAUAAUAUACAAAUGAUGUAGAAUGUCUUCAGUUAUGUUAAACAACUCGAUGUGAACUCAUUGGUGAAAAUAAUUUUAUAAACUAUGCUGUAAUUUUUAUUGUAC